AUGUUAGCACAAGAUAGUGUGCCAAAUUUCAAGGAAAUCUCAACUGGUGAGGUACUACUCCACACCACCGUGGGGGACAUAGACGUGGAACUAUGGUGCAAGGAGACCCCCAAGGCCUGCCGCAAUUUCAUCCAGCUCUGCAUGGAGAAGUACUACGACGGGACAAUCUUCCACAGGGUCAUCAAGGGGUUCAUCGCUCAGGGGGGAGACCCAGAGGGGGACGGAACCGGCGGGGAUUCCAUCUACGGACAGCCCUUCAAGGAUGAGUUCCACAGCCGUCUGCGCUUUGUUCGUCGUGGAUUGGUGGCCAUGGCCAAUUCGGGGAAAGACGACAACGGCAGCCAGUUCUUCUUCACCCUCGGAGCAACCCCCGAGCUCCAGAACAAGAACACCAUCUUCGGGAAGGUGACUGGUAACACUCUGUACAAUAUGCUGAAGCUGGAGGAAGGGCUGGUGGACCAGGACGACAGACCCCUCUACCCCCAGCGGAUCAUUUCCUGUGAGGUUUGUUCCAUUUCCUCUCCAUGA